UAUAUUGUCGCAGAUUUUUCAGCCGCAAAAAGAUUAGAUAAAAGAUCAUAGUUAAAUAUAUGUCGCUGUGAAAGAUCGAGCCACAGUGAUUGUAGACGUGAUCCCUUCUUUUUAAUAUUAAGAGAAUACAUAUGAGGUAACGUCGCAGGUUCACAUCAACAUGGUUCUAUCAAGAGCUUUAACUGCGUUGCUGUUAUUAGCCCUUUCGUCUUCCGAUGGUUAUAGACUUCCGACAGUAUACAGUCCCAGUUUUUACAGUAUAAAUAUUACACUACCUUCGGAUAUAUUUACACAAGAAAAUGCUACGAGUUAUACAGGAACAGUAGACAUAACGUUUAAGGCUUUGGAAAAUGUUUCAGAGAUUGUGCUUCAUGCCAGUGCUAAAUAUAUUGGAUUAACAGAAAUAACUUUGAUUCAUCAAAAUGAUUCUGCCUUAAAUAUAGUUGCUAAUAAUUCAAUAAAUGCCACUACAGAUAUUUUAACUAUUACGUUGAAUGAUACUUUGGAUAAUAAUACGACUUAUGUACUUAGCCUGGAGUUUAAUGGAACACUAAGUACCACAGACAUGUAUGGUUUUUAUAAAAGUAGUUACUUGGACGACACAAAUGUCACUAAAUAUUUAGUGACAACUCAAAUGGAAUCAACUAAUGCUAGAAGAGCUUUUCCUUGCUUCGAUGAGCCCAGAUACAAAGCUCAGUUUAAUAUCUCUUUAACUUAUCCAGCUGGAUUAAAUGCUUUAGGAAAUAUGGAGGGAAAUACAACAACAAAUAAUAUAACUAAUAUGACCACGACUGUUUUUGAACCGACCCCAGUAAUGUCGACCUACCUAGUAGCUUUUAUUGUAUCCGAUUUUACUUGUACCAAUGGCACUUUAAUUGAAGGCUCUCUGAGUAACCAAGUUUGCUCAACAACGAAAUCAAACUCUACAAGAUCAUUUGCUUUAGAAGUUGCACCGAAAGUAAUUGAUCACCUAAAUGCAUACUUAAACAUUAAUUAUAGCUCAAGAAUGACAAAGCUGGAUCAGGUGGCAAUUCCCGAUUUCUCCGCUGGAGCUAUGGAAAAUUGGGGACUAAUUACAUAUAGGGAACGUCUACUACUGUAUGAUGAUAAUGAAACAUCCAAUGCAUACAAACAAUCGAUUGCAGAAGUUAUAGCACACGAGUUAGCCCAUCAAUGGUUUGGAAAUUUGGUGACUUGUAAAUGGUGGUCCGAGAUUUUCCUUAAUGAAGGUUUUGCUGAUUUGUUUGAAAGUCUCAUAACCAAUGAGAUUUACCCUGAGUUUGAAGAGGAUAAGCAAAAUGUGAUAAAAACGCUGCAAGGUAUCUUGGUAGAAGAUGCUUCCACCACCGAAGCUCUGCGGACUAAUGUCACAACACAAAGUGAAAUUGAUUCUAGGUUUGGAGGGAUUACUUACAGUAAAGGUUCAAGCGUAUUAAGAAUGGUGCAGCAUAUUAUGGGCAACGAGAACUGGAAAUUAGGGCUAAGAGACUACUUAGAUAUUUACCAAAAUUCCUCAGCAGAACCUGAAGAUUUAUGGAAUACUUUAAAUAAAAACGUAACUAGCUUAACAGUAAAUCUGACUGAAAUUAUGCAACACUGGAUUAAUUACCCAGGAUUUCCACUAGUAACUGUUAGUCAAAACGGUUCUGUUUUAACGUUUACGCAAAAACGAUUUGUAUAUAGUAACUCGACAAAUGCUAGUACAACUUGGUAUGUUCCAAUAACGUACACCACUUCCGAAAAUAGUUCAAAUUUUGAUAACACCACACCAGUAGCAUGGCUUACCCCAACCGAUAAUUUGAAUGUUACCUUAAAUUCUAAUGUAUCAUGGAUUGUAGUAAAUAACUUGCAAACUGGUUAUUACAGAGUAAACUACGACUCAUCUCUCAGGUCUAAAUUAAAUUUAGCUUUACAGCAAAGUAACCAUUCAGGAAUCCCAGAAAUCAAUAGGGCACAGAUUGUGGAUGAUGCGUUUAACCUUGCUAGGGCUGGAUAUAUUGAUUAUAGUGAGUUGUUUAGUACCACUGACUUUUUAGCAAACGAAACAUCUUAUACUGUAUGGUAUCCGGCAUUUAAUGGCUUUGGUUAUUUGUUGGAUAGAAUUGGACAAAACACCACAUUGGGAAAAUCAAUUUCAAAUCAUGUGCUGAAUUUGACUGAAAAUUUAGUUUCUACGGUGCCAAUAGCAUCAACGAAUGCAUCAAAUCAUAUGUAUACUCUUAAGCAAGUACUGGCGCAAUCUUGGGCAUGUAAGCUGGAAACAACCAAUUGCACAACCGAAGCAGUACAACUUUUUGAAGCAUAUAAAAAUAGCUUAACCAGGCCUGACAAAAACUUGAGAUUAAUUGUUUAUUGUUAUGGUAUAAAAAAUAGUAAUAAUAUCUCAUCCGAUUGGGAAUUCUUGUGGAACCAGUACCUUAAUACAUCUCUCUCAACUGAACAAGUCACCAUCCUAUCAGCUUUGGGAUGUUCCAACAAUGAAACCAUUUUAAAAGAGUAUCUGAAUAAAACACUAAUAGAUAACAGUGGAAUCAGAUCUCAAGAUUAUGUAUCUGUGUUCUCGGCCGUUUACUCAAGAAGCGCAAAUGGUGUGGAUGCAGCUUUGGAUUUCUUAACAGAACAUAUCACAUCUAUAAUUUCCCGUUAUACAAGCUUAAACGCAGUCGAGAAAAUACUUAAAGGAAUAGCAGGCGCAAUAACCACUAGCACACAAAUAGCUAAGCUUGAAAAUCUAAUUGAGAGCAAUGUACUUAACGGAACUCAUUUGGAGGCAGCGAAUACUGGCCUAGCUGCGGCUAAAAAGAAUCUUGAAUGGGUCAGCACCUAUCAGAGCAGCCUGAAUUCAUACUAUAACCUAGAAAAUAACGAUACAGCAACCACUUCAAGUAGCAAUUUAACUACCACAAGCAGCUCUACUAUAACAAAUAGCUCUACUACAAUAAGUAGCUCUACUAUAAGUAGCUCUACUACAAGUAGCCCUACUACAGCAAAUAGCUCAACUACAACAGUAACAAACCCACCAACUACGGCUAAAGUAGAAACAACUACUAGUAGCUCUCAUGCGUUGACGUUUGAUGUAUCACUUACAAUAGUCGCUGUUAUAUUUUUGUCAUAUUGUUUUAAUGUUAAUAUUUCUUAAUUAAAGUGAUUAAUUUUUUUAAAAGAUUUUCUUGAUAUUUUAUGAGUUAACUAAUUAAUUUUUUCUUAAAAUAAAUAUAUGGUUAAAAAUU